AUAGAGAUGCACACAUAAACAACACAAGCUUCUCUUCUUCAUCAAAGUUGCAACUAAAAUCUUACAAUAAGAUGUCGCAAAAAGAUCCUUGUCAAAAGCAGGCCUGUGCGAUACAGAAAUGUUUACAAGCCAACAAAUACAUGGAAAGUCGUUGUGACGAUGUGAUCCGAGCCAUGAAGAAGUGUUGUGAAGCGCAUGCAGGAGAAAACUCUGUGUGCUGUUCUGGAUUUACCAAAGACAUCAAAUCUACAAAGACAACAACAACAUAGCAUGCGUUGAUAUAUCGGGGUGAUCUGUGGAGUCUUUACCUCGUGCGCGUUAAGCACAUGUUGAAUAAAUAUUUAUCACAAA